GCGACGCACAGUAGACGCUCACUCGUUGCCACCUGCCAGUAUGGCUCGCAGCGCCGCGCGCAUUGGCGGCGCCCCAUACCACUACAGCACUGCCGUGACGUCACUCAUCAGCAGCCAGUGCCUUCUGUGACACUACACUCUGCGCGAUUAGGAGACAAGCUGCGCGUCCUUAACUAACGGUCUCUCUCUCUCUGUCUCUCUCUCUCUCUCUCUCCUGCUACGGCUAAAGGACCGGCUCCGACACUGUUUACUUCUACCUGCGAGUGAACAGCUUCCGCGGUAUCGCCGUCUCUAGAUACGACGAGACCGUGACGGAUUAUAAAAGCGGUGACGCGGGUCGCGUCGCGGUCAGUCACCAAGCAAGCUGCUGUGGUAGUUCCGCGGCCGGCAAUUUGUGCCGACACUCGCUCUUACCGGUACUGAGGAAAACAAACAGCAGAGGACGAUUCCGCCGUAGGGCAUAGUGGUUGCAGUGUUUACGUCUGGUGCGGCGCAGACGAGUAGCUAGUGUGUCAGCCUGUGCGUCGAGUCGUGCGCGAGAGCUUCAGUGCGGUAUUAAUAGAACAGUUCCGAGAGGGAGCCGAAGAUGCUGAUCCGCGAGCUGGAGGCGGGCGCGCACAACUUCACGGUGCUGGUGGCGGAGGUGGCGUCGGCCGCCGGCGGCCUGGAGCUGGCCCUGCCCGGCGACGACGACGUGGACGGGGCGCCGGGGGAGCCGCCGUACGGGCAGCCCGACGCCCCCGCCGACGACUACGAGCGCAUCAUGGCGGACGUGUGGGUGGGCGCCGUGCUGACGCUGCUCAUCUUCAGCUGCAUCUGCUGCGUCUGCUCCUGCCUGCUCUACCACAAGUUCCGCCAGUGGAAGACCAGAGUGCAGGCACGCGGCCUGGCGGAGGCGGCGUCGGCGGUGGGCUACACGCUCGUGUCCGGACUGCCCUCGUACGACGAGGCCCUGGACCAGCUGCGGCGCACGCGGCUGCAGCUGACCCAGUCGGACCAGCCCGCCAAGCUGUCUGCCGAGGAGCUGUUCGCCACGUACAAGGUGUACCAGGUGUCGUAA